UCACCGCGUCCGAUUCACUCAAUCAAUGGGACAAAGCGUUUCAAUUUAUUGUCACAACCGCACAAGCAAUGGGCAAACAAAAGGGCAAACGCGGCAAAGGAGUCAAAGUCAAACUCGAGAAUCAGGACGACAAUGGCGCCCGGCGAUGCGCCUACCCUCCCAUCCUGCCGAGAUCGACGCCGAUGGACAAAACGCACGAGUUUGAAAGAAAAGAAAAAGUAAAACGACCGAUGAACGCAUUCAUGGUAUGGGCAAGAGAGAAACGACCCGAAGUCGCCAAGGAAUACCCGGAUCUCAACAACGCGGAAGUGAGCGAAAAACUCGGAUCGGCCUGGAACGCUCUAAACUGCGAGCAAAAACAGCCAUAUUACGACGAGGCGCAGCGACUUAAGGUCGAGCAUCAGAGACUGCAUCCUGAUUGGGUUUACGAGCCGCGGCCGAAGAGGACGAAGCAUACGGGUGUUUUGCAGAGGGCGAGUGAAGCGAGGCAACUGUAUGGUAUUGUGACGCAUGUGGGUGGGGUCGCCAACCCGUCGCUGUCGAUGCUGUCGGUGACGCAGGGAACGAAUGUGAUCAAUCAGAGUGCGGGAUUUUCCACUACCAGUGACAGUGGCGCUUCAUCCGGUCAACCACAGGAAUUACCAAACGACACAAAUCAAACCGUAUUCGUUCCCAUUCAGCUUGGCAAUGGCAUCACCUACAUGGCGGCUCGAAGAAUCUGCACAGCACCCGCCCUGCCACCCCCACUCGCUCUCAUCAAUCCAAAUGGCAUGCAAUUUCUUCUACACAAUCCACAGACCCUCACCAUCUACCCGAAUUCCAACCCAUCGACUAUGCAAGGUGCAUGUGCCAGCAACGUCGUGUAUAAACCAGGAAUGUCGGACCUACUAGGCGAUUACUCUUACAACGAUCUUGACACUCUAGUGUCCGAGCUCGAGUUCGAUGAAGAAAUGCAAGGGACGAUGAUUGAAAUGGAGGACGAGGACAUAUGUAAAGAAAUACUUGAGGAAAACAAUGAGGACAAAACAAACGACGAGGAAUCGGGUCAGAACCAAAACCUAACGACCCUCGAUCCGGGCUACAUCAACAAAUAUCUCUCACACAUCGAAGAGAGUGGAAACUCCGGAUCCCAACCAUCAAGCCAAGAAUUCAGAGACAUCAAAAGCGACAUCACAAAUUCAACAGGCAUCGACAUGGAAAACAGAGAAGACGACUACAAAACGAAUCAACAACAAAACAAAUUUCUCGGCAGCUACGUCGUCUCCACAGAAACAAAAACAGAGGACAACACGGAAGACAAGGAGAUGGAGACGAUCGUGUGUGAGCCGUGUACAAUAACCGUUUCCACAUCAAACAACUCACACGAGACGAUCCCCCACAUUCGGUGUAAUGACACUGUAUAAAACAGUAUGCUGACCGAGUUCAAGCAUAAGCCAUCCAUAUGGAGCUGUCGCAUCGACAAAAGCUUUUUACCAAUUUAGACUAUUUGAGUGACCACAUUAGCUCCCGGAUGAGAUUAUUAAUCAAAUCCUGGUAGCCAAUAUGUGUAGUGAUCU